AUGACGAGCCAGCUCAACCAAGCUGACGGCGACCAACCGGUCAAAAUUGAAUCCGAAUCUGGCGGAGAUGCCAAUGCCGCAGUUGGAAAGGGCGAGACUGACGCUGUGGAAACCCCUGAGUCCAACGACGGCAAUCAUCAUAUUACUGACCCGACGACCUGUCAGACUGAUGCCGAAGCGCCAGUGCACGGCGAAGUAAUAAGUAACCAGGCCACAGCGAAAAUACUCGAUGGUACUGCGGGCGGAGACGACAGGGAAGAGCAAGAUGACGAAGAUGACGAAGAUGAGGAAGAUGAGGACGGGGACGAUGACGAUGACGAGGACGAGGAUGAGGAUGAGGACGAGGAUGAGGAACCCAGAUUGAAAUAUGCCCGUCUCACACAAAACUUGGGUGGGCUCUACCGGAACGGCGAUGCUACAAGCACAUUUCUAGUGGGAGGAGAUAAAAUGAUUGUUGGGACUCACAAUGGCAAUAUUCACGUCAUCCAACUCCCCAGUUUGCAACCUCUUCGUGUGUAUCAUGCACACUCGGCAUCAGUCACCAGCAUCUCAAUCUCACCAUUUCCCCCUCCGUCCAACAAUGAGAGAGUCGAAUCACAGACGCGAGUCCAACCAUCUCAGUCGCAAGCCAGUUCCAGGCCAGACGCAUCUCCUGCGGGGGCUUCUCGAAGACGCAAAGAUCCGAUACAGCUACCAAAAAUACCUUCCAACGAAAUUUAUAUUGCCACCUCCUCUAUAGAUGGCAACGUGUGCGUGCAAUCGCUUCUAGAUGUCAAAGACGUCCACCUACGGAACUUUGCGAGGCCAGUUCAAGCUGUGGCAUUGUCUCCCGACUUCAAAUCUGACCGAACAUAUUUGUCAGGUGGCCUGGCCGGCCAACUAAUCCUGACAGUAGGCGGUAGGCAAGGGAGAAGUACUUCCACAACUACAGGAACUGCCGUGGCUGCUGCAUCGGGGUGGCUGGGGAGCAUGGGUCUUGGAACCAGCAGUGGAAAGGAUAAUGUGCUUCACUCGGGGGAGGGCGCCAUUUCCAGCAUCCAAUGGUCACUUUCCGGAAAAUAUGUGGCGUGGCUGAAUGAAUACGGAAUCAAGUUUAUGCGCUCUAAAUUGCACCUCGAAAAUUCUGACUCGGAGGGCGCAUGGCGGAGAAUUGGCCAUUAUGAUAGGCCACAAACUGAGGAGUGGGAGACAAUGGCAAGUGUCUGGAAGGGCCGCGUAGAGUGGAUCGAUGAAAAAGCUGUCGAGAGCGACGAAGCACCCUCAUCAAACGAUGUUGCUGGGGGCUCAGCCAGUUCUGCCCUAAACAAGACAAUGGAAAGGCUUCUCGUGGGUUGGGGCGGUACAAUCUGGAUCAUUCACGUCCAUCCUGGAGAAUCGGGCGCGGGAAGACAGGAUCAGGCAAAACCAUUUGGACGAGCCGAGGUAGCCAAGAUCUUGCGAAUGGAUUGUAUAAUAUCCGGCAUAUCGCUAUACACACAAAACACGCUCCUGGUACUUGCUUUCUGCCCAACGGAGGAUGACCCCGAGAAGUUGGACCAUCCAACAAGUCCAAGGCACAAGUCAAGACCGUCCUCAGGGUCUACCGGCAGCGAACCAGUUGGCGGCAUACGUCGCCGCCAAAACAACCAACCGCCAGAAUUGAGGCUCAUUGAUCUGGAUUCACAGAUGGAAAUCGACAAAGACCGUCUUGGAGUCAGUCGAUUUGAGCGAUUGGGUGCUGCUGACUAUCACCUGGGCGUUCUUCCUGCCCAUUCCGAUGCUUCCACGGCUGUGUCGAGAGGCACGCUGGAGACACUAGCUGGCCUGGGUAACGAAAUGUGGAAUGUUGCUAUCAAUCCCAAGUCCCUAUUCGGCUCCGGGGCCAGUAUAAUGAGCAAGGAAAGCGGCGACGAUGCCGCCUCAGGAUCCCAUACUGUUAGUACUGCUGGCACCAUACGGCGAGGGCAGAGCGCAAAAACGGGACCAGUGGCUGUUCACCCGAGUUUGGCAAAGCCGGGCAUCAAGAUAUUCAUGCAUAGUCCUUAUGACUGCAUACUUGGCACAAAGAGGGACUUGGCAGACCAUUUGGCUUGGCUUGUUGAUCAUGAACAAUACCGGCAAGCCUGGGAGCUGCUGGAGGAAAACCCCGACCUUGUCUCCGCUACCUCUGAGAAACAUGCUGACACAGUCCAAGUACAAGCUGCAAAGCGACCUACCAUCUCAGACGACUUUUACGACGGAGAUUCCAUUGCAGAAUCUACCCAGCAAGACUUGAAUUCUCAUGCGGCAAAGGAGAAGAGACGGAUUGGGGAGCUCUGGAUUCAACAACUCAUAGAGCAAAAGAACUGGCGAUUAGCGGGCGAGGUGUGUGGGAAGGUCCUGACCACUCCGGAUCGAUGGGAGAAAUGGGUCUGGACGUUCGCAGGAGCCAAGCACUUUGACGAAAUCACGCCUCACAUACCCUCGCGACCCAUGCAUCCACCUCUUCCAGCAGCCGUGUAUGAGGUGGUAUUGGGACACUACAUCCAGAACGACAAACCUUGCUUCAAGGAUUUGCUCAACCGGUGGUCGGCGGAUUUAUUUGACGUCGGCGCCAUCACGACGGCCUUGGAGAACCAACUAAAAUUCCGAGAUGUUCGACAGGAUAGCGUCGAGGACGGCGAAAAGGGACGGGACUGGUUCAUUGUGAUGGAAAGCUUAGCCCGCCUCUAUGAAAUCAGUGGACGCCAUCGGGAGGCCCUGAAGUGCUUCAUUAGGUUCCACGAUGCCGAUGCCGUGUUUCGGCUCAUCCGAGACCGACAUCUUGCCGAGGCCGUCGCGGAUGAUAUUCCCAGUUUCAUCGGUCUCAGGGUUUCUCCGCAAAUGAACAAGGAGGAGUUGGCAGAGGCAACUUCCGAGGCCAUUACUCUUCUGGUAGAUGAGGCCCAGCACGGUUUGGUUCGGCCAGACGUCGUUGUAGAGCAACUGACUGCGAAAAAGCUACCGUUGUAUUUGUAUUUCUACCUCAAGGGGCUGUGGCGGGGACAGGGAAUACGAGAGCAUCCUGCAGAGAACAUUGACCGGUUGGUGAUGGAUAGUCAAUCUUUGGUCGACCAAUACGCCGACUUAGCUGUUCAUCUCUUUGCCAAGUUCGAUCCGGGGCUUCUCAUGGAGUUUUUAAAGUCUUCCACAUCGUACACAUUUGAAAAGGCUGUUCAAGAAUGCGAAUCAUACUCGUAUUAUGACGAGCUAGUGUACCUGUACUCCAAAACCGGACAGAUGAACAGGGCUUUGUAUCUCAUCAUUGAUCGGUUGAAGAACGUACAAAAGGCCAUCGAGUUCGCCAAAGAGCAGGAUGACCCGGACCUGUGGGACCAUCUUCUCGAUUACAGCAUGGACAAGCCAAACUUCAUUCGGGCGUUGCUAGAGCAGGUCGGAACUGCCAUUAACCCGAUUACUCUUGUGCGAAGGAUACCGGAGGGACUCGAGAUUCCCGGCCUGAGAGAAGGACUUACACACAUGAUGAAGGAGCAUGAGCUCCAAUACAGUAUCAGUUCGGGGGUAGCCAAGGUGUUGCGAAGCGAGCUCGCCGCGGCGCAAAACGGGCUGAGAUGCGGCCAAAAAAGAGGCAUCAAGUUUCAGGUGCUGUCACCGGGCGGCGAAGAUACCCCAGCAGCAGCAGCAGCAGCAGCAGCAACCCCUAACAAACAACGAGUGCCUGUGGCACCAGGCGACCAGGGCAGCGGGCACGACAGGCACAGCGGCGCGGUACCACAACAGGGGCGCUGUGCUAGCUGCCACGAAGUCUUUACAGAAUACGAAAUGGAAACAAUAGUCGGCUUUGCCUGCAGUCACGCGUUUCAUGUGAGCCACCUGAUGGAAUUGAUCUACAAGGGGAGACGAGUGGACGUCGACCUCGGAGGCGAGUUUCGCGAAUCCGGGCGCUACUCUGUGGGUUUGAAGGUUACGAGAGCUAGGUUGUUGCGGGACAAAGUUAGGGAAGGGUGCCCGAUCUGCGCUUGA